AGGAAAUGGCUCUCACGUGAGGCAGGCGGCAGCGCCCGCCGUACCCUGCCUGCUGCCCGGGGAGGAGGCGCCAGCGGGUCCCGGGGCCGGCUGCGCCAUGCCGACCAGCUUCACCGUGGUGCCGGUAGAGGCGCAGGGCGAGGAGCGGGGGCCGGCGGAGCGGGAUGGGCAGCGGCAGGAGGAGGAGGAGGAGGAGGAAGACGAGAGGGACCGGGGCUCCGGGGAUGGGAUUGCCAGGGAAAGUAGUCCGUUUAUUAACAAUGCAGAGAUGGACAGAGAAAACAUGUAUGAAGGAAAGAAUAUGGCUCUCUUUGAGGAAGAAAUGGAUAGUAAUCCCAUGGUGUCAUCUCUUCUUAAUAAACUAGCAAACUACACAAAUCUAACUCAAGGUGUGGUGGAACAUGAAGCAGAUGAAGACAGCAAGCGAAAGGAAGUCAAGGUUCCACGUAUGGGCACUUUUAUUGGUGUGUACCUGCCCUGCUUGCAAAACAUCUUGGGAGUCAUCCUUUUCUUACGUUUAACAUGGAUUGUGGGAACAGCUGGAGUUCUAGAGUCUUUCAUCAUCGUGUUCAUGUGUUGUGCUUGUACUAUGCUAACUGCAAUUUCAAUGAGCGCAAUAGCAACAAAUGGUGUAGUUCCAGCUGGAGGCUCUUACUACAUGAUUUCAAGAUCUUUAGGGCCAGAAUUUGGUGGAGCAGUGGGACUUUGUUUCUACUUGGGUACAACCUUUGCAGGAGCAAUGUACAUUCUUGGUACCAUUGAAAUUUUAUUGACCUACAUUUCUCCAAGCGCUGCAAUAUUCAAAGCAGAAGAGGUUGGUGACGAAACAGAGGCUAUGCUGAACAACAUGAGAGUUUAUGGAACGUGUAUUAUCACUUUGAUGGCCAUAGUAGUUUUUGUGGGAGUAAAGUAUGUCAACAAACUUGCACUGGUAUUCCUUGCCUGUGUGAUUCUUUCCAUCAUUGCCAUAUAUGCUGGAGUUAUUAAGACUGCUUUUGACCCACCUGACUUUCCUAUCUGUCUCCUUGGAAACCGUACAUUGUCAAAACGCAGCUUUGAUGUCUGUGCCAAAUUUACUGAAAGCAAUAAUGAAACAAAGACUACAACUUUGUGGCGCCUAUUUUGUGAUAGUCCUUUUCUUAAUGCUACAUGUGACGACUACUUUAGUCUCAAUAAUGUGACAGAAAUUCAAGGAAUUCCAGGAAUAAUGAGUGGAGUUCUAACAGAUAAUCUGUGGAGUAGCUAUUCAGAAAAAGGAUCAAUAGUUGAGAAAAAAGAUCAGCCAUCAGUUGCUGGAUCAGAAGAGACAAAAAUGAGUGGUCUCCCUUAUGUUUUUACAGACAUCAUGACCUACUUCACAAUGCUUGUGGGGAUUUAUUUCCCAUCUGUGACAGGUAUUAUGGCAGGUUCAAACAGAUCUGGAGAUCUUAAGGAUGCUCAGAAAUCUAUUCCUACUGGAACAAUUUUGGCUAUUUCAACGACGUCUUUUAUUUAUCUCUCCUGUAUAGUGUUGUUUGGUGCCUGUAUAGAAGGUGUGAUACUAAGAGAUAAGUUUGGAGAAGCAGUUAAUGGAAAUCUAGUGGUCGGUACAUUGGCUUGGCCGUCUCCAUGGGUUAUUGUAAUUGGUUCAUUCUUUUCAACGUGUGGUGCUGGUCUCCAGAGUCUCACUGGUGCACCCCGUCUGUUGCAGGCCAUUGCAAGAGAUGGCAUUGUACCAUUUAUUCAAGUAUUUGGUCAUGGAAAAGCAAAUGGAGAACCAACUUGGGCUCUGCUUCUCACUGCUGGUAUUUGUGAAAUAGGAAUUUUGAUAGCCUCAUUGGACAGUGUAGCACCAAUUCUUUCUAUGUUUUUCCUUAUGUGCUAUAUGUUUGUAAAUCUGGCUUGUGCAGUUCAGACGCUUUUACGGACUCCCAACUGGAGACCUCGUUUCAAGUAUUACCACUGGACUCUCUCAUUCCUGGGGAUGAGUUUAUGUCUUGCCUUGAUGUUCAUUUGCUCUUGGUACUAUGCUUUGAUUGCCAUGCUAAUCGCAGGAUGUAUAUACAAAUACAUAGAAUAUAGAGGAGCGGAAAAAGAAUGGGGCGAUGGAAUCAGAGGGCUGUCUCUGAAUGCAGCUCGCUAUGCUUUGCUUCGUGUUGAAGAUGGUCCUCCUCACACCAAGAACUGGAGACCUCAACUUUUGGUCUUGUUAAACUUGGAUAGCGAGCAGUUGGUGAAACAUCCUAGAUUGCUUUCUUUCACCUCUCAGUUGAAGGCUGGUAAAGGGCUGACUAUUGUGGGCUCUGUGCUUCAGGGAAUCUUCUUGGAUAAAUGUACAGAAACUCAGAAAGCUGAAGAGAACGUUAAAUCCUUAAUGGGAGUAGAAAAGACUAAAGGAUUUUGCCAGAUUGUGGUGUCUCCUAAUUUCAGAGAUGGAAUAUCCUAUUUGAUUCAGUCAGCGGGUCUAGGAGGGAUGAAGCACAACACAGUCCUGAUGGCAUGGCCACAGUCAUGGAAGCAGACAGAAAAUCGUUUCUCAUGGAAAAAUUUUGUUGACACUGUACGAGAAACAACAGCAGCUCAGCAAGCACUGUUGGUGGCUAAAAACAUUGACUUAUUUCCAACAAAUCAAGAACGAUUUACUGAAGGAAACAUAGAUGUGUGGUGGAUUGUCCAUGAUGGCGGUAUGCUGAUGUUACUGCCUUUUCUCCUUCGACAGCACAAGGUUUGGAGAAAAUGCAAAAUGCGUAUCUUUACUGUGGCUCAAAUGGAUGAUAAUAGCAUUCAAAUGAAGAAGGACCUUCAGAUGUUCUUAUAUCAUCUUAGACUGAAUGCUGAAGUAGAAGUUGUUGAAAUGUUUGAAAAUGAUAUUUCUGCGUUCACAUAUGAGAAGACACUUAUGAUGGAACAGCGAUCUCAGAUGCUAAAGCAGAUGCAGCUAUCAAAGAAUGAAAGGGAAAGAGAGAUUCAGAGCAUCACUGAUGAGUCUCGAGGCUCAAUCAGAAGAAAAAGCUACUCCAGUCCACAGUCCAUUGGCCAAGAUGCGCAGGCACUGCUGACUAAUGAUUAUCGAGAGGAGGAGGCUCAGCUGAUCCAUGAUAGAAACACUGCCUCGCACUCAGCUCCAGUGGUCAAAGCAAGUGUGGCUGCUGCUGUGCCAGAAAAAGUGCAAAUGACGUGGACUAAAGAAAAAUUUGUAGCUGAAAAGCAUAAAACCAAAGAUUCAAAUGUGUCUGGCUUUAAAGAUAUUUUCAACAUGAAGCCAGAAUGGGGAAAUCUGUAAGUCCAAGUUUCAUUUCACUUAAGCAAUGUAGGCUGUUCCCUGGUUCUUGUGGUCUUGUAUGUUGUAUGUGUGUUACAUGAGUUGCACUGUGUAUAUUCCUUUGUGCCUUUGUUUAUAUACUGUCAUGAUGCAUUUAUCACUGAAAAAAUAUUCUUCAUGACUUGUUAAUGUUUUCUUCUAAAUAUUAUCAACUUUCCAGUCGAGGUAAGUCACGUAACAUGUAUUUUAGUUUCUGUAAGUAUAUAAAAUUUGAUAGUACUCCUCUGCACCAGUGUAAUAUUUAGUUUUCUAAUUAACUACAUUAAAAAGUAAAUACAUUUCUGUUCUGGAAAAAUAGCCCCCAUUGCGAUAUAAAUACUUGAACAAUAAAGCUGAAUUUGUUUACAGAGGGAGCUUUCAUACUUUGUCAAAUGCCAGUUCUUGCCUCCCUUUCUACUAACCCAUGCAUGUGUAGGAAUAACACAAGGUCGGAUAUAUAUUGGAUAUGACCGCAUACAAAAAUAUGACACUCCAUCUCUCUUUGUUCUUGGGUGGAACUGACUCUUGACUGCUCUGCUUUCUUUUCCGGAGCCCACUGUUACCUUCAUUUGUCUAACAAAUUUAGUUUCUUACGAAAAUUUAGCUUAUUUUGUAUACUAUGUGUGAUUUCGGUUCUUCCAGUGCUUGAAGGCUAAAUGAAGUUAGUCAGCCUGGGUUCACGUUGUACACAAUAUACCUUUAGUUAAUUUGAGCCUUUAUUUCAGUGCUUAGUUCUUGCCGCUUCAUCACAAAUUUAUAUCCUCCUUAUUUCCCUUUGCAUUUUAUCUUUAGUUUUACAAUGUUUCUACUUCAACAUUUAUACACCUCUUCAACUACACACUAUUGCUUCUCCCUUCGUAGUUCUUUGGUCUUCUCAACCCACUGUUCUGCUUCUGAAAAGCUGAGCUUCACGUAUUCUUUUGUUCCAUGUAUAGUUUUUGUACAGUUGGUUCUUAGGACAGAUGGCCACUGUGACAGAAAAUCCUCCAGGAGGGACUGAUAAACUCAAUUUUGGAAAUGUUGUGGUCUUGGGGGAAAACACCAGGAGUGGGGAGGGGAGUAGAGAGAAUCAGCUGAAAUGGAUGUGUCCGGUCUCCACUGGCUACUAAACUUCAGGCCACAUGCUUUUUUUUUUUUGUUUUCCUUCCACUUCCCCCUAAUUGUCCCUGCAAAAUCAAGGAUGAAAAUGCAAUAUGAGACAUGCUACACCUGAUACUAUCCUCUUAAUGGCUAUUCCCUUCAUAGAAAAAAAAAGGGGGGGGGGGCUUAGUAGAACACAAGUAUGUAUGCUCCCUGCAUUCUCCAUCUUGGUACCCUGUGUUUAAAUGAAUCAUCUGUAUCUGGCUGCUGUUCUCAACUCUAUGCUUACUUACAUAAACUGAGGGUAGCCUCAUAUUUCUAGAAGAUUCUAGGAUUAAGUGUUGGUGUGGUCCCCUGAAGAGACCUCUAGUAGCAGAACAAAGUUGUGCGUUUCCUUUUAUGAAUUUUGGCUUCCUAAAUCUGGGAAAAGAGAUCUCUUUAAUUUCCAUUGUUUACUUGAGCUGAAACAGUGCUGAGGCUUGUGCUGCAAUUUUGAUUGCUGUCAGUGGAAUUCAGAAGAUGCCAGACUUGAUCAGGCAUUUCAGAGGAUGCCUUAUGUCCUGCCGCUACUAAUGUGCCAGUCCUCCCUCUGUAGGACAGUGUGUGAGCCCAGCGGCGCAGGGUGCUGUUGUACUUUUACUGUGAGACCAGUAGUGACAGUGCUAAGAAAACUGCGCCAGGUAGAGUGAUCUGAGUGUCUUAUACCAGCACACUGGUAUCUGUCUCCGUUCUUGAGAUGUGCUGUCACCUGGUGCUUCUGAGCUUCCCUUUGAAGUGACUUGUUUCACUUGUAAAGAAUCUACUUUUGGGCAGCAGAUCUUUUGGAUAAAUGGGCUUGCUUAGGUAGAGUCUGAAUAUUUCUUUUGCACUGCAGCAUAUGACUCAUUUUCAGUCUUGGCUAGUUUUACACAGAUGGCAGUUUCUCAGGGACUGUGAGGGAACUGUUCUUUUGUUUUGUUCGGAAGAGAACUGAAUCAUCCAAGGUGGUUCCUAAAAUAAGGAAAUCUCUGAAGUCCUAGCAAUUUUUCCCUUUUGCGCAUAAAUUUACAAGCAAAGCAGUAGUUAAUACUGAUAACAUAGAGGCAGAGGCUCAGUUGCAGUUCAUUGCUUACUGCCUUACUACUGUGGCAUGAGAAACUAGUAAUUUUUUUCAUAAAUUUUAUACUGUUUCUAAAUUUUCUUAACCAGACAUAAAAUAAUCUUGUAACGUUUCCAAAGGAGCAUGAGGGAAGUCCUGUACUGUACAACAUAAAUGCUGCAAUCUUUGCAUUGCAUUGCUGUAAUUCCUUUGGGAUUUCUUGUACAACUCCAGUUACAUUUUUGUGUAAUUCAAUAAACUGGAUUCUCAGUGGUUUUGACUAAAUUUAAAUAGAAAUCAAUUUCUAUUAAGUUUUUGCAUCAUCUUAAUAAAAGAUAACUGAGAAUUGGAGGAUUUGUGCAUUUUGGCAGUCCACUUAGAUUUGCUUGUAUUUCAGAGUUAGAUGUUCUUUUCAAAGGAAAAAAAUCUUUUAAACCUAGGUAUUGUAUUUUCUCAAAUGUUUUUUGAAUGAGUACAAAUACUGGUGUCCAUGAAAAUAGCUUAUUCUGCAUUAUAUAUAUUAAACUUAUACAUUCAAAUACAUAACGUAUAAUUCAAAUGCACAAGUAUUGUGACAGUACUAAAAGAUGUUUGUUUGCAUGCUAGGAAUCAGUCAAAUGUAAGAAGAAUGCACACAGCUGUGAAGCUCAAUGGAGUAGUGCUUAAUAAAUCACAGCAUGCUCAGCUAGUUCUCCUGAAUAUGCCUGGACCUCCUAAAAACAGAAAAGGGGAUGAAAACU